CUACCAAGUACCAAACAAAACCUUUGCCUUGUCCCAACUUUAUAUACAAGACUCCCCCAUUCUUUCUCUUUCAUUCAUUCACAACUUCUCUUCAAACAUUCCUACGGAACAUGAAGCCCCAAAGCACUUCGAAUUUUCUUUUCUUUCCUUUUUAAUGUCAAAUGCUGUUAAAAGCGCUUUGAUUUUCUGAAAGUGCUUUUAGCCAUUACAGAAGCAUUCUCAAACAAGCUAAGGUUCUCUCUUUCAGCAUCUGCCAUGGAACAUCAAGCCCCGAAGCAGCAAAAGGGAGUCUUUGCCAACAAACAAGGCAAGUCCAAAGAGAGGACCAAAUCCAAGUGCAAGUUUGUUGGGGUGAGACAAAGGCCAUCCGGGAAGUGGGUUGCAGAGAUCAAGGACACAACAAAGAAGAUAAGAAUGUGGCUUGGAACCUUUGAGACUGCCGAGGAAGCUGCUCGAGCUUACGACGAGGCUGCUUACCUUCUUCGGGGUUCGAAUACCAGAACCAACUUCUCCACUCAUGUCCCCUCCAACUCUCCACUUUCUUUGAAGAUCAGAAACCUCCUCAACCAGAAAAAGGGCUUGAAACAAAGCCCUCCAAGUUCCAACCCCAACAGCUUAAAUUUCACCCCUAUAGCUACGACUGCUAGAAUUACUAACAAAUAUACCACUUUCAGUGACGGUUCAUCCAACUCCAUUGCUACUUUUAGUGAGAUUUUUCUGCCUAAUUGCAAAAGCCAGAAAAAUGUUCAGGUGUUCGAUGAUGCAUAUAGACCAGACGUCAGCAACUGCAUCGGUGUUCUUCAACCGGGGUUGUUUCAUAACCAUUUCGGUCGCCAGUGGCCACUCUUAACUGGGUUUGAUCAGCUUCCAGUAACCCACGAAGGGAACGAUCUAGCGAAAGACAUUGGUAUGACAUCGUCACCUAAUGUUGCAGCAGAGCCAGAAGUGACAGAAUUUGAGCGCUUGAAGGUAGAGAGGCAGAUUUCAGCUUCGAUUUAUGCAAUGAACGGAGUGAACGAGUACUUGGACAAUGGGUACGACUCCGGUGAUGCUCUCUGGGAUCUUCCUAGUCUCUCUCAGUUGUUCUGCCUCGGCUGAUGGCGACUCUUCGUCUCUUUUUCUGAGUGAUCUUAUAGUUUUGAUUCUUUUGAAAUGAGAGAAUUUAAGGGUUAUUCUUGAAUCUUGAGAGUUUAUGUUUAGUGCAAUGCUUUUGAAAGCACGAGAAGCGUAGGAAGCUGUACGAUAUCAAUAGCUUGUACUUCCAUUUAAAGAUGCAAAAUGAACAUCAUCUUCAAAGUUGCAUGGAAGGAAUGAGUAUUGUAACGAUUAUAAUUCUUGAGUU